UAUGUUUUCUUUAAUUUUUCAGGUGAAAGGUGUGAACAGCCCAAAGAUCACUGCAGAUCUACACCAUGUUUUCAGGGCCACUGCAUUAACCUACAAACAGGAUUCCUCUGCAGCUGUCCCUUUGGAGUCAGUGGCGUCCACUGUGAGGAGCUCAGUUAUGGCUUUGAAGAAAUGUCCUUUGUGGAAUUUCCUCCACUAGAUCGCAGAACUAAUUUAAUUUAUUUUGAGUUUGCAACAGUGCAGAGAGACUCCCUACUUUUGUAUAACCCUGGAACAUCAUCCAGCAGGGAGUUCUUUGCACUGGAGAUACUUGGCGGCACAAUACAACUCUCCUAUGACCUUGGAGACGGACAUGUAAAGUUGCAGACACACAAACAAGUUGCAGAUGGGCAUUUUCACAGUGUUACUGUCAGGAGGAUUGGCAAUAUGGGGUCUUUGGUUGUGGACAAUUGCACAGACAUUGUGAACAUUGGAUUUUGUUUUUCAGAGAGUGAUGGCAUUUUCUCAGAAAGGACUCUUGACGUUGGCAAUACUAAUAUGACAUUUGGAGGACUGAGAAGUCUAGAAUUAAUUUUACAACAUCCAAGUCAGAUAAUGACACAUGACUUUGUUGGAUGCAUUCGAAAUAUUCAUAUUAAUGGCAUCCUGCUUGGACCUUCUUCGGGCCUUGCAAAAUAUAAUGUCUUUGACAGGUGCAUUCGAGCAGCCUUGUCAGGAUGCAACAGCUUCCCAUGCAAGAAUGGGGGAGUGUGCCAUGACCUUUGGUCUGACUAUGUUUGCGAGUGCAAAACUCCCUUUACAGGAAGAAACUGUAAUACAGAAAUGUCUGAAGAGCUUGUGUUGCAUUUCAAGGGAAAAGAUUACAUUGAGUAUGUCAUCAAGGAGAGAUUCAAGAGAGAUCUUCUGCUUAAAGACCUGAUGGAUGAUCCAAAACAGGAAAAGACGACAGACAAAACUCUGAUUACGGUCAAGUUCAAAACAAAAGAAGAAGGAACCUUACUCUUUAUUCAAGGAACGAGAGGAAGCAUUAUGCUCAUGGUAAGAGACAGAAAACCUGUGUGCACUUUCAUAGAUACAUCAGGACAUGUGUCAGAGUUCAAUGUGGAGCUUUUAGUUGCAGACGGGCUCUGGCACAUCCUAUCUUUAUUGAGCAGUGGGCACAACACUUCUCUUUCUGUGGAUGACAAUAUGGUCUUAAAUGUUACCGAACAAAACGCAGACUUCAGACUUGUUAGCUUGGAAAAGAUCACUCUUGGUGCAGCUCCAAAAAGACAUACAAAGCUCCAACAGUCAGGGUUUAGCGGAUGUGUGGAGUAUUUAAACGUCAGCGGUCACACUCUGCCUGUCAGUGGACACAGUUUAAUGAUGGUGGCCUGGCCAAGCUUGACUCUCCCCCAGCCCAGCUGCAGCUCUCCAGGUGUCUGCAUCUUCUCACCUUGCUCCGAUGAGGACAACUUUACGAGAACAUGUCUUUCAGACUGUCGGCACCGGAGGAUGUGCAGACCUGCAGGACAGGACGGAUCUUGCAUCUGUUUGCAGAAUGUCUCCAGUCAUUUUUGUGAUAUCUGCACUGCCAACGAUGAGUGCUCAGAGACACAGCGCAAAGGUCCUUUGUGGGUCAUAGGUGUGGUUCUCCCUCUGAUCACCAUCACGGUAGUUGUAUGUAUGUUCGUGAUUCUAUACAGACAGAGACAGUGCGAUUCGAAGCUUAAAAAUGAGAACUUAUCACACAAAACAGGGCACGGAACUGAAAAUGCUAAUUUUUGUUUUGAUGACAACCUGAUGCCCAAUGCUGCUCUUUCAACCUCAAAAGGAAAACCUCACGACCAAAUGAGUGCAUUUCAGCAGAGGUCAAAUGAGAAGUUCAAUAGUGAUGCUUUUCUUUCAUGUGCACAGCUGAUGCUUCCGAGUGAGCUGGAGUAUUAUGAGAUUGGCAGCGUCUCUAGUGCAUUUAUUUCUGACAACUCACCAAACCUCAGCUGGCACAGGCAUUUAUACAGUGCAAAACGUCUUAAAAAAGAUUCAAACCAUUGGGGGGACCUUAGAACGCUGAUAAGUAAAUUUAAAAAAGAGAGCCCCAGAGAAGAAAAAUGUCCACCAAAGCUGCAAAAUGUCCCCACACAACACAAACAGUCACUGUGUAAACUUGACACAGAGCAGCAGUGGCAGAAAAUGCCCUGUUACACGAAAGAAUUCCCACAUCCAGAGCUCCUGGAGCCUACACAACCACUCAGUUUUGAAGAAAUUAAAAAACUAAAUGCUCCUCCUGAGCGACCAUUUUCACAUCCGGCACAUUUAAAGUCUGAACCCGUAGAGUUUACUAGGACAACAGAGGCCUCAUCUGAAUGCGACACAGACAGCACGUUUACUUGCUCUGAGUCUGAGUUUGAGCAGUUUUCCAUCAUCACUGGCAAGAAGUAUAAGCAUGAGCAGGCACUCCCAUCAGAGUGCAACAUAGGGCAGGAUGGCACUCCUGGUAACUCAUGCUUUGAACUAACAUCCUCCUCCACUGUAGGUCGGGACAAUAACAAGAGGGAUCCCUUUGCUAUGUUUGAACAAUGGGAAAAAAAUGUAAAUGUGCCCCUGGCUUUUGACAGCUAUGCUGCAGUAUUUGAGGAUAUUGCAAGUAUACCCAUAGAGUUGAGUCAUAGCUGUGAUACGCAAAGUGAUGAGGAGGAAAUUAUUUGAAAGGUCAGAGCAGACAUGAAGUAGAUUAGUGUGACCAGUUGAUUAUAUCAGACUCAAUGCUUGCUCAAAAUAGUUCUAUAAUGUGGUUCUCUGUGAUAAAUAAGUCUUUCUGGCUAGCUAUCUUGCUUUUGAUCACAAUUGUAACUUUUCUUUAAAAAAAAAAAUCUUUUCAUUCUUUAUAUAAUGUUCUUAUUUUUUCAAUGAAAUUCUAAAAUAAAAAAAGCCAGAGAGUGCAAUACUAGUGAAAAAGUUGUAAAUUGUUUUUAAAAUACUUUGCUCUUAUGCUUUCUACAAUCUGCAUCUCCUGUCUUGCAGUGCAUGUUCGCAUUUUGGAUGCAAUGGGUCUAAAUAUGAGGAAAACAUGAGUAAAUUAAGCUGAUUUUGUAAAACACAUAAUGUGUUACCAAUCUGAAUAGUGCAUUGUAUUAAAAUAUCUUAGAGAGAUCUACAAGAGCUUGAGAGAGGACAACAAGAAUAAACUAAAAAGCUAAAUGCAAAGAAUUAACUAAUACAGAGACAUCUACUAACAAUAAUGAACACAGAGAAAUUAACUGAAUACUGACACAAGCUGGCAUUUGAAUCCAGAAUCUUCUUACUAUUAGGCAUGCCACCAUACCCCCGGUAAUUUAGGACUACGGUGUAAAACGCAGCAAAGCACUGUUUCACAUGCAGUUACUGAAUUAACUACUGAAACACCACUAAACCUCUGAGCAAAUGAAAAAGAUUGCCUGUCUUUUGUCUCUCCUAAUCGCAGCAGCUGUGGGCAGCGGCGCCCCUCCGUAGUGGCUGACAGGUAGAGAAAAAGAAAGAAUCUCUAGAACUUAGGAAUUUUAUUUUGCUGUUGUAGAUAAAAAUGACGUAGCAAAGUAUCAUUUCACAUAGAGGUAUUCACUAAUGAAGCAAGACUAAAUGUCUUUGAGCAAAUAAAAACAUGAAAAAAUAUACAAAAAUCAAGUGCAAAAGCAACAAGGCCUGAGAAAUUAUCUCAUGUUUAGCCUUUUACAUCUGUCCUAAUUUAAAAAUUAUUUACUCUCAACAGCAGUGUUUAAGUCUGUGAAUCUAAAAAAAUAUAAGGUGUAUGCAAUACAGGAUUUUUGGUUUUGAUAAAUUCCUGCUCAUGUAUCUUCCUCAGGAAAACUAAACUUGUGAUGAUGAUCUGGGUCAGUUUCCUCUGUAAAGUCAGAUCUUUUUUAAGUUUUUGGAGUUUUGCAUUAAAUAAACAGAGCAUGUGAAAACUGCAUAAAAAUAA